AUGAGCCUCGAGACGGAACCACAGCGAAUCGGCUUAACAACACUUCCACCCGAGAUCCUGCACAAUGUGUUGUGCUUUGUGUGCCCAAGCGAUCUGGCCCAUGUGUCUAGGACGAACAAACAGUUGAACAGCUUUGUGGAAAACAACGGGCCAUUGUGGCGAGGGAUAUAUCUCCGCUUACUUGACGAUCCCAGUGAGUCUGCUGCCGGUGCCGACCUUGACUGGCAACAGGAGCUUCAAGACUUUGUGAGGCUCACCCGCGUCUGUAACAAAUCAUGGCGCGAAAAGUGCCCCCGACUAACACAUUUCAAGGCUCGCGAGCUUCGUUUCGUUCAUGAUGUGGUCGUAAGGCUUCUCAAGAGAUCCUCAUGUACUGAUCGGACCAUUAUCAAACGACCGCGCAACGCGGUCACUUGCUCUCCGUCGCGGAACACGGCUCUUUUGGCUCAAAUCUUCGAGGAUGAGUCGACCCGGAGAGCAUUCCUGUGUCAAUCUUUCAUCUGGCAGCGGGCCCGUGGAAGGGUGAAAUACUUUGUGCGGCCACCCAGACCAGAGCAUCAAAUGUCCGCCAAGCUGCAUUGCCUCUAUGGCGUGCCGCAGCUCGCCGUGGCCAUGGUGGGUAAAGAGCUCGCCGAGGAAACAUCCACGGGUCAGAUGCCUGAGGCGGAAGAUCACGAAGGCAUAUUUUUAUAUGCGCUCGCCAAGGUUUAUGACCUGAGGGACUUUCACCCGCACGCCACUUGGGGUCCGUUCCUUGGCGAUGACAGCGGGCGGGUCGACUGGGAGCGCUUGGAGGCGAUCAUGAUAGUCAUUAAGCGUGGAAUCGCCAGGAUGGGACUCGAGAAAGAGCACCUGCUCUUCGACCUCUGUUGGAACAGACCUUUUGACGGGGCCUGGAAGAACAGCUACAUCCCGAUGCCGCUCACUCGACCCGCUGAUGAUGAUCUGGAUAAGGACGAUCCGUUUGGCGUUUCCGGCACGUACCUCCGUGUCAUUUGCUUUCUGGACUACGGCGAUUUUUUCAACUUCAACUUCCACAACGGCGUUGUCGAGCAUACGGGUGAGCUCGUGACCAAUGACAUGCCGCGACCGAUCGCCUUGGCUGGGGAGGCGGCGAGGUUGAUGAUGAUGAAGAUCCACGUUACCAAGAUCGAGAAGCUCGAGGGCCGGGACGAGGAUAAGGGGUCUGACGCCGUGGUUGUGCAUUUUUCCGGUUUCACCGAGCUGCUGCAUGGUUUCGGCAGUCAAAACCUCAGCUCCACGAUCAAGGGCAACGUUCGCCUCACGCCGGAUGGCGAGGUUAGGUGGAGUACGAUCUCUGUUUUUGCCGGUCAGGAACGAUGGAGCAGCGAGGGGAUCCAGAUAGGAGGGCCAAAGUCGGCAAAAUGUAUCAUCGGAAACUGGUUCGAUAUACAUCAUGACCCUACCGGGCCAGUAGGACCAUCGGCGUUUUGGAAAAUCAGCGACAGAGAUCCGGGGUCCAAUGACGACAAGUUCAGCACCAGCGAUGUACUCCCAUGGUUCUAUCCGAACGGUAACGGCGCAGUCCCGGAUGGGGCUGAAACUGAAGAAGUCGUUGUUGAUGAUCACAGCAUUUCUGGGAGCGAGACGGAUGUUUGA